AUGACAACUUUUGAAGAACCCAUUAUCUAAAUUAUUGUGGAUGAAAUUGCCGAAGAAUAAGGCGACCAUAAGAAUCGAAAAGAAAUUGAUGAUAAAAAAAAGAACAAACAAUAAUUAAAGGCUGAGAAAUCCCAAAAAGGAGUUAGAUCGAAUUUCGAUGGAAAAUAAUAAUUUGGAGAUAAAACUAUAUGCAGAUUAUGCUCAAAAACAACUAUGGAAUCAGUUUAUAAUAUAUGCAAUAGAUGUCAUUUUCGAUAUCAUCAAGAGUGUGCUAAUCAACAAUAAUAUGGAUCAUAUAAUGAGGAAACCUAAAAGUGGAUAUGCAAAAAAUGUGUUAAUAGAAUAGAGAUUUUAACUUUGAAAAACAAGGAUAAAAAAAAAAAGAAAAGAAAAGUAGAAAUAUAAGUUCAAAGCACUACUGAAUAAAGCGAUAAUGAAAAUAAUGGAUCUCUAACAGAAUUUUUGCUUCGAUUUCCAACUUAUAAAAAUCAAGGAUAAAUUUUAUUUCCAAUUCUUGAUGAAUAUUUGGUUGCAUAUUCAGAUCUCUUUCAUGUAGAAGUGAAAAAGAAACCUAUCAUUAAAGAAGAUUUAGACAUUCCUAAUUAAUACUUCUAUCAAGUUUUGAUUAUAUGGGACUCAUAUAAUAAUUACGAUAAAAUUGUUAGCGAUAUUUUAAAUAUUGAAGAAGGCAAUUCAGAUAAUUAAUCUCAAAUUGGAACUUUUAUUCAUUUUAAAGAUCAACAUUAAUUUUAUUCAUAGAAAUCAAGAAAACAAAUUUAUUAAAUGUUACAUACUGAACCACUUAAAUUAGUUGAAUUCUUUAGCUGGUUCUAUACGAAAUAGUUAAUUGAGGAUGUGGAUUUUGAAUAAAUAUAAAAAGCAUAAGAGAAUGCCUUUUGGUAUUUAAUGGGGUUUCUGUGGUAUAAUAAUAGAGGAUAAUAUUACGAAAUUUAUAAAGAGUCUUUGCAGUAUAUUGCCCAUUAUUUAUAUCAACAAGGUAUAUUAUGUUUGAAUGAUGAUGAUCUAAAAUUGCUGGAUCAAAAUGAUAAAGAUUACUUUCUUAAUUUGAUUCUUAUUUUAAUUGAAGGAUUGCCUGAUUUAAAAAAAACACCAAAUUUAAUUUCAUACAGAAUUGAAAAUCUAAUUUCAAAUAAUAAGAUAAAAGAAUAAUUAGCAGCUUAAGUGAAGGAUUUAAGAGCUUAAAGUGUUGAGAUGCAACUUAACUUAGAUUAAUUAGUAAAGGAGAUCUCAGCCCUAAAAUAAACAUUAUCUUAAGGAGAUUUGAGUAAGACUGAUUUUGUGAAUACUCAAUCAUAAAUAGAAAACAUAAAUUUAAAGAUGAUUGAAAAAGAAUAGGCAAAAUCUAAGAUUACAAAGUAGCUAAUAUCAGUCUAAGAAAGAUAUAUUUAACUUGAGGAAGAGUUACAUUUAGUCUAAAUUCCAAAUUUAUUAAUUAAUCCCUCUAUGUUUUUAGGGUUUGAUUUAAAAAACUCAUUAUAUUAUUUCUUUCUUAAUGAACGGGAUAAAGUCUUUGUCUAAUAGAGAAAUUCUUGGAUUGAUUCAAAUAUGAAAUGGGGUUUUUACAAUUUUGAUGAUGUUGAGAUUCUCUUAAAAAGUCUGAAUUUAAAGGGUAUCAAAGAAUGUUAAUUAAAAUUAAAUCUAGAAGAAAUAAAGAAAUAAAAAUUGAUUCUGUCUGAACCAAAUCCUUCAAAAUUAACAUAAUAUGGUAAUGAUAAAGAGGUUGAGGAAAGAGAAUUAAAGCACAAAUAAAAUGGAAAACCAUAAGAAAAGUAAUAAACAGAAAUUCAAGUAAUCUAACUUUGUAAAAUGUUGAAUGAGAUAGAUUUUAACUUGACUAAUUAUUUAAAUGAAAAAAAUUGCAGAUGGUGUAGUGCUAGUGUUCGUAGUGUAUUUAGAAAAAGUUACGAUGAAAAUAAAGAUUCAAUUGAUUGCUUAAAGAAGGCAGUGGAAUUUUUUAUUGAGAACACUUAAACCUAGGAAAGAUUAGAUAAAUUAUAAGAGGGAGAUACUUUAGAUGAUAAUCUUUACAUCGAUUUUGAUGAAGACUCAGCAUUCUUACUUACUAGAAAAAAGAAAAUAGUGGAGGACGAAGAUGUUGAGAAUGAAAACUUCAAAUAAUUAGAAGCUCUUGAUGCCAGCAAAUUAAAAAUAAGAAGAAUGCCAAUGAAAUUAUUUGGAUCUUACUUCGAAAAUCUUAGAUAAUGCUUAUUAGAUUAAGUUAGGGAUAAAUUUUGCGAUUUGUUAUAACUUAAAACUUGUCUUGUCGUCUUAAAAGAAGUUAUUAAAAUGUACAUUCAAAGAAAACAAGAAGAAUGUCAAAGAUAGGAAAAGAAAAAAAAUACUAUCUAAUCACAAUAAUUACAGCCAUCUUUAAUUAUCGAAGAAAUCUAUAGAGAUUAAGUAAAAAAAGUUUAAAUUUAAGAUGGAGAAAAUAUCUGGGAAGAAUAAUGCAAGGUUUGUGGACAAGGAGGCAAAGUUCUUUUAUGUGAUACUUGUCCUAGAGUCUUUCAUCCUAGAUGUUUAAAACUAAAGGAAAUCCCUAAAGGUAAAUGGAGUUGCAUGAUAUGCCUGAGCUAUUUUUCUAGAUAAGUAAAAACCAGAUAAACUUUUAAAAAGCUGCAAACUAAAUGA